GUCUUGUUGCUCUUUGGAUUAUCUUUGAGGGAUGUUUUUCCAAUCUUGAUCACGAAGAUCUAUUCUUGCAGAGAUUUGUUCACCAGAGAUUUACCUUCUUAUUAGUAAGGUGGGAUUCAGUAAAAUUUGUCGCAGUCUUGGAGGUUCUGAAAUUGGAUGUUUAGUGGAAGAAUUUUGAGGAUUGUUCUGCCGCUCUCUAUAUGAGAUGUCGACGAAUGAAACUGUUAAUACAAGUCUGACUGAGCUGGAACCAUGGAUGAUUCUAAAUAUGAUCGAGAGGGACAACACCAAGAAACUCGCCUCCACCAUAAUUUACAUGGCACUAUUAAUCAUUAUGGGACUAGUUGGCAAUACGAUCGUUCUUGCUGUCUACACGGUUCGGCUUCGUACGGGUACGACACGUAUCUUCAUUCUCGCUUUAGCAGUGGUGGAUGUUCUGAACAACAUAUUCGGUAUGUCAGGGGAGAUCAUCGACAUUGUGCAUUCUUACACUUUCCUUGAUAACGCUAUGUGUAAGAUAAUUAGAUUCAAUAACUAUAUCACGGUGUUUUCAUCAAUAUAUAUUCUUAUAGGUGUUUCUAUCGACCGCUAUCGCAAAGUCUGCAAGCCGUAUUCUCGACAAAUUACAGAAAAUGGUGCCAAACUGAUGGUAGGGAGCGCCUUAUUUGCUGGGAGCGUAAUAACCGUCCCAGCCAUUAUUCUGAACGGUAUUCACGAGUAUGAAUUCCCCUAUAAUGGCCGAAACGUAACAGUGUCGGAAUGUACCUUUAAUAACUUCUACCAGGACACUUGGUACCCCAAGGUUUUGGUUGGUGCCCAGUUCCUUAUUUUCGUGUUUUCUCUAUGCAUAUUGAUAACAAUGUACCUUAUGAUUGGACGGAAAAUUUUCAUCCACAGCCGCUUCAGCUUCAAAAAAUUAAGCGCCGAGAAGAAGAAGGAACUAGCUGGAGAAAAGAAAACCGCGAGGUCUGUUUCCUUUGGAGCUAUUGAGGUAAACAAGGUAUCCAACAUCGAGGUAAUGGAAGACAGUGCGGUGGAAACCAGCGAGGUUCAAUCGGAUGGAAACUCAGAAGCCAUGCCUAGAUACACCGCGAGACAAAGUAUUCAGUUGAAUAAGCGAAUGAAGGCGCGAAAAAUCAAGAACAGGACAACUCUAAUGUUGGUUGGCAUUACCAUGGUAUUUAUUGUGAGUUGCGUCCCUUACCUAACUAUAUCAGUGAUGAAGCGCUUGGAUACGAAUUUUGUCACGUCAAUGAGUGAUACGGAGUAUAAAAUCUAUAAUAUAUUUCUCAGAUCAUAUUUUUUCAACUCGGCAGUCAAUCCAAUCGUCUACAGCUUCUGUAAUGUCAGAUUUAGAGAGGAAGCCAAGAUAGUUCUCUUUCCUUGCUCCAGAUAAAAUGAUAGGUAGGCUAAUACUAUUCGUGCCGUCGGAAAUAGUGACAUUAAAGGCGCACCAGGUACGAAAUACGUUUUCAAGAUCUAUAUCAACUGCAGUAUUACGCACACCUCUUGUCAGACAAAAAGUGUUUAUACGACUCUUGUUUUCCCGACAGUUAACGUGGAUUUUUUUAUGCUCCUAGUUGCAUGCAGGAAUGUACUUUCUAUAUAAAACACAUUUCGGAAUGAAUGCGUUGCUGUCGUUUUUUUUAUAUAACAUGAAUUGGUGUCUCUUAUAAUUCAUUCUUUUAAGACGAAAUUAUACGAUAGUUGGAGUCUGGAUGUGUUUGGGGUGGGGUGGGUGCUGUGAUACUGCGCAUUUAGAGUAUCGUACUAAACAACAUCCGAUGUCUCUACCAACAGGUCUCGCAGUUUAACUCGGUGGACAGUUACGCAUGUUUGCUGCCGCAUGAAACUUGCGUAGUUUCGUAUCUAUUGGAUUCCAGUUUUCAUAUUAUCUUAAUCCCGUUUCUUAUUGUUUUUCGUUGUUAUGUAAUGCUCCCAAGGAGAGCUUUUCAACAACCCCAACUGUAACUAUUAGUAUAAAUCUUUGAUUUUAUUUUGCAUAUCUCUUUUUAUUAUCUAAUAGGCCUAUUGUAUAUCACACAGGCCUGUCAUUCUACUUGCAAAUAAACGUCAAGUGUAAGACUAGUACUGAUGUUUCAGUUCUAGGCAUAAGCCUAUAUACAUCUAAUCAUUUUGUAUUCAUAUGUUUUCCGGUGUCGUUUGUUGUGUCUAUGUUCUGUUUGGCAGUUACCCUGCAUGUUUAAAGAAGAUUUUAUU